CCCAGCCGCAGUUCUUCUGAGCCCGGGGAGCGGCUCAGAGACCUGUGCCCGAGGAGCGGCCCGGGCUGGCGGCCGCGCUGGCUACAGCGGACGGCGCUGCAGGGCGAGAGAUGAUGGCUUGACAGUCCCCUGGUGGGGGUCCGCAGGCCAUGUUCUCCCCGUGCGACGCCGACUGUGACAUUGCUGAUUGGCUGGCCACCAUCCAUUUGGAGAGAUACCAGGAAACCUUUAAGCAGCAUGGGUACCAAGUGACCAGAGAUGCUGUCUCCCUGGGUAACGAGGACCUGCAGCGGAUCGGCAUCACUGCCACUGGGCACCGCAAAAGGAUCCUGAGUCUGGUGCAGCAGACGCAGCUGUUGGUGCAAGACAAAGGCAGGCCCAUGGCAGGAGAUGCCUGUGCCAAGCCUGGCACAUGUACAGAGCCCCUGGAAGUGCCCAGAGUGUGCCAAGCAGGCAAGGAGAACAAUGGUACAAGUACUGCUAAUGGAGCCCCAGUAGCAGCCAUUGAUGGGCUUGGGAACCACCAGUGCUCAGCUGGCCCCAGCCAAAACCCAUCUCUGGAGAGGGAGCCUGCUCCACCCGUUGCCAAGCCGGUACCCAAGCCCAGGACGUUCUUCCAACGCCCUAGCCGAGCAGUGAGGCCAGAGCAGGGCCUGGUGCCCACACCGCUGGCACGGACAUCGGUGCCAACACGCAAACCUGGCUGUGAGGGGCCUUCUGCUGCUUUCAUUGUACACGAGGGGUUUGUGCCAGGGGAAAGCUCCAUGGAUCUUGGGCGCUCGGAGUUCACCCUGGAGCAGCAGGCCGGCUCAGGAGAGAGAGGCUUAGCAGGCCCUCAGGCCCCCCAGCCUGUGGGUAGGGAGAGUGCUCUGGAGCCUAUGCCAGCACCACGGGCUGGGGUGGCUGAAGUGGGUUUGGAUGAUGUGGAGAUCCAGGCUGGGUGUGGAAAAUCCUCCCCUUCCAUCCCCGGUGUCUCUCCAUGCCUCGGCCAUGGGAUCCAGCCAGCUGAUUGCAGCCCCGCAAGCCCAGGGAUGAGCCACUCGCUGUGCAGCUUCCCACGGUCUGCUCCAACCAGCCCUGCUGCCAGCGCGCAAAGAGAGCCUUCGCCAGCCCCAGGCGCCCCCUCCCAGCCAGCCUCUGCAUGGGGCAGGAUGGAGAUGGUUUCGAAUAUCAUUUAUGAGGGACUAGAGCCCCCUUCACAACCAGCUGGGUGUUCAGGGGAUGAGGAGCCUGCGAGGAAUCGACCUACCCCACGGCCACUGGACUCAGCCGCGCAGCAAGGGACCACACCAGCAGAGAAGCCUGACUCUCCCAGAUGGCCCAGCCUGGACCUGCCCCCCAUCCCACAGAGGCCAGAGCCUGCCGAGGACCCCAUCAGUCCCUACUGUGAGGCCGUGUUUGGACGUGGGCUCCCUGCCUGGGAGCAGAAGAGCACAGGGACCCCCGCUGUGCCAGACUGUGAAGCGGUGCCAGAGCACUUCCCAGAGCUGGAGAGAGAGAGGCCCAGGACCAGCAGCGAGUGCAGCAGUGAGGGAACGGCAGAGGAGCAUGAGAGCCGGGCCCAACGGAUCAACUGGAUCCUCCAGAACAACACGAAGGACUAUGCCAUGGUGGAGGCUCCUCAGGCCGAGGGCUCCCAGUUCAGCCUUCCGUCUCACCUCUACCCAGACGAGGUCCUGGAUGACUUGACCAUCUCCCCGUAUGCCAGCUACACCUUGCUGUCCGAGCGCCCACCCACUGUGCUCAGUGGCUGGCUGGACAAGCUCUCCCCGCAGGGGAAUUACGUUUUCCAGAGGCGCUUCAUCAGAUUCGAUGGGAAAAACCUCAUGUACUUCCACAGCGAGAAGGAGCCAUAUCCCAAGGGUGUGAUCCCGCUCUCUGUCAUUGAGAUGGCACGCGCCACCAAGGAGAACAAGUUCCAGGUCGUCACAAGCCACAGGAUCUUUGUCUUCAGAGCCGAGAAUGAAGCUCAGAGGAACGAGUGGUGCUCCACCCUGCAGAGAAAGGUGGCAGAGCAGCGGUUGGUCAGCCCCCAGCCCCGCCUGGCCAGCAGCACUCACUGCCAGAAGUGUGGCACCCUGGAGCUCAAGGGCCACAAGUCCAAGCUGUUUGCAGCCCUCAGCCUGGCCAACAUGUGGCUGUACAAGAGUGAGCAGUUCUUUAAAAUGGGCAUCGCCAUCUGCCUGAUAGAGCUCCACGGUGCCACCAUCCGGGAGGCCAAGAACCGUAGCUUCGAGCUCAUCAGCCCACUCAAGAUCUUCAGCUUCGUGGCUGAGUCAGAGCGGGAAAAACGGGAGUGGAUGGAGGCCCUGCAGGAUGCCAUUGCAGAGAUGCUGUAUGACUACGAGGUGGCUGAGAAAAUCUGGUCCAACAAAGCCAACAAGUUCUGUGCUGACUGCAGAGCCCUGAGCCCCGACUGGGCAUCCAUCAACCUGUGCGUGGUGAUCUGCAAGCAGUGUGCAGGUCAGCACCGGAGCCUGGGCUCCAGCGUGUCCAAGGUGCAGAGCCUGAAGCUCGACACCAGCGUCUGGAGCAAUGAGAUUGUCCAGCUGUUCAUCAUGCUGGGAAACGAGCGAGCGAACCGGUUCUGGGCCGCGCGCCUCCCGCCCUCUGAGGCCCUCUACCCAGAUGCCAGCACGGAGCAGAGACAGGUCUUCAUCACUCACAAAUACCGCGACGGGCGGUACCGCCGCCCACACCCCCGCUACCCUUCCCAGGUUGACGUGCUGCAGGCGCUCUGUGCUGCUGUGGCAGGGCCCAGCCUGCUGAAGACGAUCCUGCAUUUCUUCUCUGCCACUGAAGCCGGGAUGGCAGCUGACACAGGGGGCUGCGACGGGUCGCAGGGAACCGAGCUCUGGCAGACCCCUGAGAGCAGCAGGCAUGGGAACCAUCCAGGGAGCCCCAGCGCUCAGGAGCCAAGUCUGGAAGGGGUCUACAAUGAGAUCACCCAGCCCGUGGUGCACAGUGGCUACCUCUACAAAGCACCAGCCCUCUCCAAGCUCUCCGGCACCAGGAAGAGCAGAGAUGAACUGCACCGCGUCUGGUGCUCCCUGGAGAAGUCUCUCCUCUUCUAUGAGACUGACAAAUGUGCUGAGUCAGUGGGGAAGGUUGAGCUGGCUGACAUGGUCUCGCUGGGCGUGAGCAGAGCAGAUGAACUGGCCAGUCCUGGACCUCCAGACAGGUUUCGCUUCACUUUGGAGCUCUUCCUGAGUGGUGACAAAGUGCAGCAGCUGGGAGCUGAUGGGCCAGACACCCUGCAGGCCUGGGCCAGCGCCAUCGGCAAGUGGUUCACACCGCUCAGCUGUCACUGCCUGCUGGGCUACGAGUUCCAGAGAGUGGGGCGGUUGCACUACAGAUCCAUGCUCAGCCCUGAGCAGUGGCUGCAGGGCUUCUUCAUUCUGCAGAAAGCCCACCUGUUCUUCUGCCCAGGGGAGGAGGGCGCAGCCGAGGACAGCAUCAACCUCCGGAGGCUGCAGGAGCUCAGUGUGGUGCCCCUCACUGAGACUCCUGAGAAGAAGGAGGUGCUGAUCCUGGUGGAGAUGGGGAGGACCUUUUACCUGCAGGGGGUGUCGCGGAUGGACUUUGCAGCAUGGUGCACGGACAUCCAGGCCUCGGCAGGGGGACGGGGCAACGCCCUGCGCGACCAGCAGCUCAGCAGGAGCGACAUCCCCAUCCUCGUGGACAGCUGCAUUGCCUUCAUCACCCAAUACGGGCUGCGACAUGAAGGUAUUUACCGGAAGAAUGGGGCCAAGUCCCGGAUCAAGGUGCUUAUGGAGCAGUUCCGCAGGGAUGCCCGCAACGUCAAGCUGCGCAUCAGUGACAACUUCAUCGAGGAUGUGACCGACGUGCUGAAGAGAUUCUUCCGGGAGCUCGAGGACCCUGUUUUCACUUCGGAGCUGCACCCCCAGUGGAAGGAGGCUGCGGCAAUAGCCCUGAAGUCCCAACGGCUGGAGCGCUACAAGGAGUUGAUCAACCGCCUGCCCCGCCUCAACCGCAGGACACUGGCUGCUCUGAUUGGUCACCUCUACCGCGUGCAGAAAUGUGCUGACUUCAAUCAGAUGAACACCAAGAACCUGUCACUGCUCUUUGCUCCCAGCCUUUUCCAGACAGAUGGCAAAGGGGAUGAGGUCAAGGUGAUGGAGGACCUGAUUGACAACUAUGUCCGCAUUUUCAACAUUGACGAGGACCAGGUGUCGCAGAUGGAUCUAGAGAACAGCCUCAUCACCACCUGGAGGGAUGUGCAGCUCUCUCAGGCUGGAGAUCUCAUCAUUGAGGUUUACCUGGAGCAGAAGCUGCCCGACUGCUGUGUCACCCUGAAGGUGUCACCUACCAUGACGGCGGAGGAGCUGACCAAUCAGGUACUGGAGAUGCGCAACGUGUCAGCGAGCCUGGACAUCUGGCUGACCUUCGAGGCCCUUGAGAAUGGGGAGCUGGAGCGCCCCCUACACCCCAAGGAGAAGGUCCUGGAGCAGGCUCUGCAGUGGUGUAAGCUGCCUGAGCCCAGUACCGCCUACCUGUUGGUGAGGAAGGUUCCCAUUGGAGAAGGCAGCUGUCUCUUCACAGGUGCCAAGCGCAAGAGCCCCAAGUGUGGGGUGCUGAAGUGUCGGGAGGAGCCCCCCAAACUCCUGGGCUGCAAGUUUCAGGAGCGAUACUUCGUCAUCCAGGAUCACAAGCUGCUGCUGCUGAAGGAGAAAAGGAGUGCCCGGCCGGAGCGGGAGUGGCCCCUCGACAUGGCCAAGGUUUACAUGGGGAUUCGGAAGAAGCUGAAGCCGCCGUCCCAGUGGGGAUUCACUCUGAUCCUGGACAAGCAGCAGCUGUACCUGGCGUGCAUGGGGCAGGCCGAGCUGUGGGACUGGACCACAAGCAUUCUGAAGGCUCAGCACGACGACCUGCGCCCAGUGAUCAUGCGGCGGCGCUCCUCCUCUGACCUCGCCAAGCAGAAGUUUGGCACCAUGCCCCUGAUCCCUCUGCGGGGAGACAAUACAGAUGCCACCAUGCUCUCUGCCAACCAGACCCUGCGCCGCCUGCAUACGCGAAGGACUUUGUCUAUGUUCUUUGCCGGGGUCUCUGUGAUUCUGCGUUUGAACGCCCAGGGCAGGCGCUCACACCUGAGGAGCUGACAGAGGAGGCCUGAAAUGUUCCCAGCCACAGUGUUGGGGACACUGGGGCAUGGCCACUAGGUAACUCGAGGGGAUGGAAGACCACGAGUGUUGAUGAAGCCCCCUCGCACUAGGCCCAGGUGUCCUUGGCUGGCCCCCCCGCCUGGAGGCACUCGCAGCAGUUAUGUUGAGAAUCUGCAACAAUAUGUUGCAGAGUCAAACUGCCUGAAACUAAACAAGGCCAAACAGGGCAAAUAUAAAAAAACAAUGCUAAAUAAAGCAGCUUUAUGUAUAGUUUAACAAAUAAUACAAAAAACAAGGAAACUAGCUGGUAACUAAAUUAGCUGGCUAUAUGGAUACUUAGGGCAGCUUGCUAUUAAAUAAGUAUGCUUAAAAAAAAUGUAUAAAAGCCUGUAUAACUUCCUGCUCUGUGUGCAGGAUUUGAGAUUCUAUUCUCCCUGUACCUUUUUGCAGCUGCAAAUAAACUUUCCUGCUUCUCCACCCCGUUGUGAUUAUUGGGUGAAGCAUACCGGGUAGUGAACCAACCCCUGCUGUUGUUUUGCCUCUCGGCACUGGGUGCCGGCAACAACAGCAUGUCUCUGGGGGCAUACAGCCAGGACAGCGUAAUGGCAACCAGACAGGGGGUCCGGAUUUUCAAAUGCCUACACCUGCCAGGGAGAGCCAGAGACAUAGACAUGCCAUAGGCACACACGGCAGCUAGCAGGUUGCGAGACACCCUGUAGUCAGCCUGGGGAGCCAGUCCUGGGCCCUAAGCAGCAGAAUCACAGCUCAGCAGUGUAACAUUUGUAACAGUAUUUAGCUGCACCAAGGCACUUUGGAAAGUCCCAGCCGGUGCCUCUCGGCAACUUAAAAAAUCUGGCCCAGGUCCCUUGGAAACAUCCACGGCCAGCAACCAGAUACUGGGGCUGAAAGGAACAAACAGUUCUUUGGCUGGCCAAAGACUUCUCCCCAUCCCAUGCCCUUGUGGGACAGAGCAACAGGCUGGAAUAAGGAUUAAACUACUGGGUUCUCUAGCCAUUUAAUAGGGGCCUGUAGAAAUUACUCUAGACAUCCGGAGCAUUUCAUAGAGAACUGGGUCCUUUUCCAAGGGGAAGCCUCUGGAAACUCCUUGUUCUCCUUUACACCCAGGAGGACUUUUCCACAGGGUGCACACACUGUAAGGUCCAGUGACACAGUGACAGAUGGGUGAUUCCCAAAGAGCUGUGCAUCGUGGAAUGACUAGGAUGGGCAGGGAUCGGAUGCAUGGCGGGGUAGGACAGUGUGCUGCAGGCUCCUAGAAAUGCUGUGGCUGCUUGCUAAGACAUCCAGCUCUCGCUGAGGCUUGCACCGAGCCGGCUGCCGCUCACUCAGGCCACUGCAAUGGUGUGGGAGCACCCAUCAUUGCUUUAGCUGCAGCAGCUGCAGCAAGGGGAACUCCCCUCCUGCAUCCCCCCCAAG